AUGGCUCAAGACUCGGUCGAGGGUCCAGCCGACGCCGCGCUGCAGGCUCUGAUCAUCAAGAAUGCAAAGCAGACCAGGGAUGUCUUUACCGACCCCACAAGUCGCAAGCGCAUAAAGCUAGUUGACCCGGCGACACCGACCGAUGGCGACCUCGACAGGGACACGUUAGCCCUGCGCUUCAACUCUGAGUAUGCAGACCUCAGGGAGCUGCCGCCGGCUCUGGCAGCAAGACAAGCCGCCGCUGCGGGAGGAAGGAAAAAGCCUGGGGCGAGAAAAUCGGCAGCGUCGGGUCCGUCGGCAGACACACCUGAAGAGGAGAAGUCGCGCAAGUUGAUAGAGGGCAUCCCGACACGCGGAGCGAACCCAAGAACACAGAACGGGACUGGUGCUGCGCAGUCGAGUGCACUCGUCCUCAAGGGUCGCGGCACGAGCAAGGAAGGACAGGGCGGCCAGGAGCAGAAACAGCAACAAAGACAGAAUGAUAGGGGACCACCAGUGAUUGGGCAGCAGCUCACUCUGGCACGGGCGCAGGAGCUCAACAUGCAGCUCAAGCCCGAAUGGCACAGACCAUGGAAGCUGAUGCGUGUCAUCUCGGGACACCUGGGCUGGGUGCGGGCCCUCGCAGUCGACCCCGACAACAAGUGGUUCGCUAGCGGUGCUGGCGACCGCACAAUCAAGAUCUGGGAUCUGGCGAGCGGGCGGCUGAGGUUGACGCUGACUGGUCACAUCUCGACUGUGCGGGGCUUGGCUGUGUCGCCUCGGCAUCCGUACCUUUUCUCGUGUGCUGAGGACAAGAUGGUCAAGUGUUGGGACUUGGAGACAAACAAGGUCAUCAGGCACUAUCACGGCCACCUGAGUGGUGUCUACACGCUCGCUCUGCACCCGACCCUUGACGUGCUGGUGACGGGUGGACGUGACGGUGUGGCCCGUGUUUGGGACAUGCGAACUCGUAGCAACAUCCACGUGCUGAGCGGGCACACCGGCACCGUAUCGGAUCUGGUGUGCCAGGAGGCGGAUCCGCAAGUCAUUACGGGCAGCCUGGACUCGACUGUGCGCAUGUGGGACCUUGCGGCUGGCAAGACCAUGGGAGUGCUCACUCACCACAAGAAGGGCGUGCGCGCGCUGGCCACGCACCCAACAGAGUUCACCUUUGCCUCGGGAAGCGCCGGCUCCAUCAAGCAGUGGAAGUGUCCCGAGGGGGCUUUUAUGCAGAAUUUUGAGGGCCACAAUGCAAUCAUCAACACGCUGUCGGUCAACGACCAGAACGUUUUCUUCUCAGGUGCCGACAACGGCUCCAUGUGCUUCUGGGAUUGGAAAACUGGUCACCGCUUCCAGUCGCUAGACACGACUGCCCAGCCCGGUUCGCUCCAGGCCGAGUCGGGCAUUUUCGCGUCGACCUUUGACAUGUCCGGCAGCCGUCUAAUUUGUGGCGAGGCCGACAAGACCAUCAAGAUAUGGAAGGAGGACAUGGAGGCAACACCUGAGACCCACCCACUUGACUGGAAGCCUACGUUGGGUAGGAGGAAGUUCUAA